GCAUUCCCUCGUCCUUUUGGCUUUCAGUUGCGGCGUCGCGGCAGGGCGGUUUCGCAGCCCUUGGCUGCCGCGCCGUCGUUCUUGCCCAAGUUCCGGUCUCGGCUUCGCCGCCGGUGAUUCUGGCGGUUUCGUGAUACGUCCCCGCGCAGCGCCUGCGGCUGCGGCUGCGGGCGCGGAAAGGCGGCGCCUUUCCCGCUCGCCGCAACGGGUGCUCCGUGCGUCCGCUCGGUCGGUAACCCCUGCCUCUCUCCCGCCCGCCUCAACACCCCUCGCGAUCACGGGGAAGAGUCGCCGUCGUGGCCCGUCGACGGGGGAGUGCGGUCAGUGGUGGUGUCAACAAAGUCUCGCCCUGCUUUAUUUUUUUCUCCAUGGUGGCUCGCGUCGCGUCGUAAUCGGACCAUUAAUUAGUCUUCCAGCCUAGGUCAAUCCCGGGCCUCACGGCGUGUUCUUGACUCGUGCCGUGUUCGACCCGUGACGCCUGUGGUUGGCGGGCGGAAUGGGUCGAGCUGUCUGCUCUUGAUUCUUCGCACCGCGGCCACCGGCUCGCAGCGCAAUGCUGGUGUGAGGGCGGAAGGGGUCAGGCUUGGGAGCCGAGAAGGAGCCGACUCUUGGUCCGUGUCCGUGCGUGAGCUCGACGUAUGGUCGGUGGCGCUCGGUGGUGUUCAUAGUGCGCCGCCGCCAUGGGCUGCGUCGCGUCCAAGAACGCCGUCUCGGUGACGCCGGCGGCCGACUCGUCCGGCGGGCUCAGGGACCGGAGCCAGCCGCGCGCCCAGGGGUCUGCUGCCCCGUUGCCGUUGCCGGUGCCCGUGCCUUCCCUGCGCAGCUCGUCGUCCGCGGCGAGGAGGCCGGAGAAGGUCAAGGACGAAGCCGAGGAGCCAGGGAAGGCCGUCGUCGCCGUGGCGGCCGCGUCCCGGAGCUUCCGGCUUCGGAGCCUGCGGAAGAGCCUCGAGGGCGAGCAGGUGGCUGCCGGGUGGCCGCCGUGGCUCAGCGCCGUCGCCGGGGAGGCCAUCCAGGGGUGGAUCCCACUCAAGGCCGACUCCUUCGAGAAGCUGGAGAAGGUUGGGCAAGGCACAUACAGCAGUGUGUUCAGGGCGAGGGACCUUGACACUGGAAAGAUCGUUGCCUUGAAGAAGGUUCGAUUCGACAAUUUUGAGCCAGAGAGUGUUAGAUUCAUGGCAAGGGAGAUACAGAUAUUAAGAAGACUUGAUCAUCCAAAUGUCAUGAAACUGGAAGGCUUGAUUACUUCCCGACUAUCGUGCAGCCUUUAUCUAGUAUUUGAAUACAUGGAGCAUGAUCUUGCUGGACUUUGCUCCUCCCCGGACAUCAGAUUCACUGAAGCACAGCUCAAGUGCUACAUGAACCAGUUACUGUCAGGACUGGAGCAUUGUCAUUCACGCCGUGUGGUUCAUCGUGAUAUGAAGGGCGCUAAUCUCCUCGUGAAUAACGAAGGGGUUCUAAAGAUAGCUGAUUUUGGACUUGCAAAUUUCUUUGAUCCCAACAAAAACCAUCCUCUAACCAGCCGUGUUGUUACUCUGUGGUAUCGACCACCUGAACUGCUACUAGGUUCAACUCACUAUGACGCAGCUGUCGAUUUGUGGAGUCUUGGGUGUGUAUUUGCCGAGAUGUAUCGUGGGAAACCUAUCCUGCAGGGAAGAACCGAGGUGGAACAACUACACAAGAUUUUUAAGCUAUGCGGUUCACCUGCUGAUGAUUAUUGGAAGAAGUCGAAAUUGCCUCAUGCAACAGUAUUUAAACCGCAUCAUCCAUAUCCCAGCACCCUUCGAGAUGUUUUUAAAGAGGUACCAGAAAAUGCCUUGAGUUUACUAGAAACUCUCCUAUCGGUGGAGCCCUACAAGCGUGGUACUGCAUCUAGUGCUCUUUCUUCUGAGUUUUUCAGGACAAAACCUUAUGCUUGUGAACCAUCGAGCUUGCCUAAGUAUGCACCCAACAAGGAGAUGGACGCAAAGCUACGAGAUGAUGCACUCAGAAGGAAAGCUAGUAGCAGAGGGCAUGGGGCAGAAGCAUCGAAGAAGUCUUCAAGGAUCAGCAGAGCAGCAAGAGAACACACUGCAGUCCCUAAGCAGAUAAAUAACGCAGAGGAACCCAAAAACAACGUGAACGCAACCAGAGAUGGCACAAUACUACAGGAUCGCACGAAACUGUCACUGAACGGCGACGCUAGGCUAUUCGCGGACAUACAGCCAGUGCCAGCAGCGGCUCAAGUGAAAGGAAGCUCUCGUCACGCUAAGAACGAGUCACGAGAGGAAAUGCCCUUCUCAGGGCCACUGAGUGUCCCUUCCUCUAGUGGCUUCGCAUGGGCGGCGGCCCAAAGACCGCAGGAGGACCGUGCUCUCGCUAGGUCACGGACCAGAUCCAGCUCAAGAGGCCAGUUUCCUGCAGAGGCCGACCGGGACUGUACUAGGACCCAAGCCACCACAGAGAGUGCUGCUGCCGGCCUCAGAGACAUACCACGCGUCGGCUCCAAGGUCCGGGAGCGGGAGCCUCACGACGCGGCGAAGCGCGCGGUCCUGAGGAAGUGGUCGCAGCUAGAGCGCCCGGACUCGUUUGACUCCUGCGACACUUACCACUCCCAGAACUUCUCCCACGCCAUGCUCGUUGGGGUUGGGGGCGGUGCUCUCUCGUCGAAGAACAGCUUCGAGGGCGGUCAUGGUCAUGGUCAUGGUCAGGAGGAGAAGGCCGAGUACUCGGGGCCUUUGUUGCCCCAGUCGCACAAGGUCGACGAGCUGUUGCAGAAGAACGAGCGCCAUAUCCGGCAGGCUGUUCGAACGUCAUGGUUCAGGAGAGGAGGAAGAAAGGUGGACAAGUGAGGAAAAGCUUGACGGUUUCCUUUCCAUGGAAGUGGGGGUGCCCAUGUCUGAUGGGCCUCUGGUGCCAGUCUGGGAAGUGGACAACUGGUGCUGACGAUUCCAUUGUUUAACUGGAAACACAAUGGACUUUGGUGGUCCCAGCUCACAGCAAAAUUUUAGCCUCUUUUUUUUUCCUGGCGUGUGUUGCAGAUUGCCCGGAGACGCCAGUGCUCUAUCCGUUUUGGCUGUACAAAAGAAACAGUAGCGGCUGACGCGGCAGUUGUGUAGUUGGUUGGAACCGAUAAGCUGGCAGCACCACGUGGUGCGAGCGACUGUAGUAAACAUUACAGGCUGGUUGGUUCAUGGCUAACUACGACACACUUUGUCU